AUGUCUAACCUCAGCUCCCGGGGUGCCCGGGGGGCAGCUGAGGACUGCACCUUGGUGCAAGUGAACUUGAACGGGAAAGUGCUUAUUUUCCCUACGGAAUCAACCACGGCUUACGUGUCCCUGUGCCCCACGGAAAAGAAGCCACUGAGUAACUUCACGCUGUGCAUGAAAGCCUUCACGGACCUCACACGCCCUUACAGCCUCUUCUCUUACAGCACCCACUCCCAGCCCAACGAGCUGCUCCUCUUUGUUAACAAACCUGGAGAGUACUUGCUGUAUAUCGCAAACUCUGAAGUCAAGUUCACUGGCCCCCCAGCUCCUUACACCCCACUUCAUGUGUGUGUCAGCUGGGAAUCAGAGUCUGGGAUCGCUGAGCUGUGGGUGAACGGGAAGCCUCUGGGGCGGAAGGGCGUGAGAAAGGGAUACUCCUUGGGCGCACAGGCCAAGAUCUUCCUGGGGCAGGAGCAGGAUUCCUUCGGGGGAGGGUUUGAGGCCCAACAGUCCUUUGUCGGGGAGAUAUGGGAUGUGUCCUUGUGGGACAAGGCUCUGUCCCUGAAGGGCAUGUGCUCCUUCUGCAGCAGUGGCAACUUGCUGAACUGGCACCAUCUGAACCAUAGAGCUCAUGGCUACGUGGUGACCAAGCCCAAGGUGUGGGCUUAG